GCCGUGAGGGGCGGCGGGGGCUGCGCGGGGCCCGGCCCGGCCCGGCCCGGCCAUGGCGGGGCGAAGGUGCGCGGGUGGCGCGGUCGCUCUGGCUGAGGCGCCGGGCUGCGGCGCGGCGGCGGCCGAGCCGGCCCGGGAGCUGUUCGAGGCCUGCAGGAACGGGGACGUGGAGCGGGUCAAGCGGCUGGUGCGGCCCGAGAACGUGAACAGCCGGGAUACGGCGGGCAGGAAGUCCAGCCCGCUGCACUUCGCCGCAGGUUUUGGUCGGAAGGAUGUAGUUGAAUAUUUACUUCAAAGUGGUGCCAAUGUCCAUGCACGAGAUGAUGGAGGCCUUAUUCCUCUUCACAAUGCUUGCUCUUUUGGCCAUGCUGAAGUUGUCAACCUGCUCUUACGGCACGGUGCAGAUCCUAAUGCUCGGGAUAAUUGGAAUUACACUCCCCUUCAUGAAGCUGCCAUUAAGGGCAAGACAGAUGUCUGCAUUGUACUCUUGCAACAUGGUGCUGAACCAACCAUCCGGAACACAGAUGGAAGAACAGCUUUGGAUUUAGCAGACCCGUCUGCAAAAGCAGUGCUGACUGGUGAAUACAAGAAAGAUGAACUCUUAGAAAGUGCCAGGAGUGGAAAUGAGGAAAAGAUGAUGUCUCUUCUUACACCAUUAAAUGUUAACUGUCAUGCAAGUGAUGGCAGAAAGUCUACUCCAUUACAUUUAGCAGCUGGAUAUAACCGUGUUAAAAUAGUCCAGCUCUUACUGCAGCAUGGAGCUGACGUACAUGCUAAGGAUAAAGGAGAUCUGGUGCCACUUCACAAUGCCUGUUCCUAUGGUCAUUACGAAGUAACAGAGCUUCUAGUAAAGCAUGGCGCAUGUGUGAAUGCAAUGGAUCUGUGGCAAUUCACCCCUCUGCAUGAAGCAGCUUCUAAGAACAGGGUGGAAGUAUGUUCUCUUUUGUUAAGUUAUGGUGCUGACCCAACACUGUUGAACUGUCACAACAAAAGCACCAUUGAUUUGGCUCCAACGCCCCAAUUAAAAGAACGAUUAGCAUAUGAAUUCAAAGGUCACUCACUGCUACAGGCUGCAAGAGAAUCAGAUGUAGCUCGUAUAAAGAAACAUCUUUCUUUGGAAACAGUGAAUUUCAAGCAUCCUCAGACACAUGAGACAGCAUUGCACUGUGCUGCUGCAUCUCCAUAUCCUAAGAGGAAACAAGUAUGUGAAUUGCUGCUGAGGAAAGGAGCCAAUAUCAAUGAAAAAACAAAAGACUUCUUGACUCCUCUGCAUGUGGCAUCAGAAAAGGCUCAUAAUGAUGUUGUUGAAGUAGUUGUGAAACAUGAAGCUAAGGUUAAUGCAUUAGAUAAUCUUGGCCAGACCUCUCUGCAUAGAGCAGCACAUUGUGGUCAUCUUCAGACGUGCAGGUUGCUGCUGAGUUCUGGAUGUGAUCCUUCCAUCGUGUCUCUGCAGGGCUUUACAGCCUUACAGAUGGGGACUGAAAGUGUGCAACAGUUACUACAAGGUAUGCUACUACAAGAAGGUAUCCCAUUAGGUAAUUCUGAUGCAGAUCGACAGUUGCUGGAGGCUGCAAAGGCUGGAGAUGUGGAUACUGUAAAAAAGCUGUGUACACUCCAGAGUGUAAACUGCAGAGAUAUUGAAGGACGUCAGUCUACACCACUCCAUUUUGCAGCUGGAUAUAACAGAGUGUCUGUUGUGGAGUAUCUUCUUCAGCAUGGAGCUGAUGUACAUGCAAAAGAUAAAGGAGGACUUGUCCCUUUACAUAAUGCCUGCUCAUAUGGUCACUAUGAAGUUGCAGAACUGUUGGUUAAACAUGGUGCAGUUGUCAAUGUAGCUGACUUGUGGAAAUUCACUCCCUUACAUGAAGCUGCAGCAAAAGGAAAAUACGAGAUUUGCAAGCUCCUGUUACAGCAUGGAGCUGACCCUACAAAGAAAAACAGAGAUGGAAAUACUCCUCUAGACCUUGUUAAAGACGGUGAUACUGAUAUUCAGGACCUACUUAGAGGAGAUGCAGCUCUCCUAGAUGCUGCAAAGAAAGGUUGUUUGGCCCGAGUAAAAAAGCUCUGUUCACCUGACAAUGUCAACUGUCGGGACACACAAGGACGGCAUUCAACACCACUACAUUUAGCAGCUGGUUACAAUAAUUUGGAGGUUGCAGAAUACCUGUUGCAACAUGGAGCAGAUGUGAAUGCACAGGAUAAAGGAGGCUUGAUUCCUCUGCAUAAUGCAGCAUCUUAUGGGCAUGUUGAUGUAGCAGCUUUACUUAUAAAGUAUAAUGCAUGUGUGAAUGCUACGGACAAAUGGGCUUUCACACCACUUCAUGAAGCAGCCCAGAAAGGAAGGACUCAGCUUUGUGCCUUGUUACUGGCACAUGGGGCUGAUCCUACUCUGAAAAACCAAGAAGGACAAACACCAUUGGACCUGGUCACUGCAGAUGAUGUCAGUGCAUUACUGACAGCAGCAAUGCCUCCUUCUGCCUUACCGACUUGCUACAAACCUCAGGUUAUAAGUGUGUCUCAGACUACAGGUUCUGCAGCCGAUUCCCUCUCCUCUGUUCCAUCCAGUCCAUCCAGUCUGUCUGCUGCAAGUAGUCUUGACAACUUGUCUGGUAGUUUUUCUGAACUUCCCUCUGUUGUUGGUACAAACUGUGCAGAGGGAAGUACUGUUCUGGAGAAAAAAGAAGUUUCAGGUGUAGAUUUUAGCAUCAAUCAGUUUGUGCGGAACCUUGGCCUUGAACAUCUCAUUGACAUAUUUGAGAGAGAACAGAUAACGUUGGACGUAUUGGUUGAAAUGGGACACAAAGAAUUGAAGGAAAUUGGUAUUAAUGCUUAUGGCCAUAGGCAUAAAAUCAUCAAAGGAGUUGAAAGACUUAUUUCUGGACAACAAGGACUUAACCCAUACCUGACUCUAAAUACGUCUGCUAGCGGAACUAUUCUCAUAGACCUUUCCACUGAAGACAAGGAAUUUCAGUCAGUAGAAGAGGAGAUGCAGAGUACUGUCCGAGAGCACAGAGAUGGAGGACAUGCUGGUGGAGUCUUCAAUAGAUACAACAUCUUAAAGAUUCAGAAAGUGUGCAACAAAAAACUAUGGGAAAGAUACACUCACAGGAGGAAAGAGGUCUCUGAAGAGAACCAUAACCAUGCUAAUGAAAGGAUGCUGUUUCACGGCUCCCCGUUUGUGAAUGCAAUCAUUCACAAAGGCUUUGAUGAGAGACAUGCCUAUAUAGGCGGCAUGUUUGGAGCUGGGAUUUAUUUUGCUGAAAAUUCUUCCAAAAGUAAUCAAUAUGUGUAUGGAAUUGGAGGUGGCACUGGAUGUCCAAUUCACAAAGAUAGAUCUUGCUAUGUUUGUCACAGGCAGUUGCUCUUCUGCCGUGUAACAUUGGGCAAGUCCUUCCUGCAGUUCAGUGCAAUGAAAAUGGCUCAUUCUCCCCCGGGACAUCACUCAGUGACAGGGCGGCCCAGUGUAAAUGGAUUGGCAUUGGCAGAAUAUGUCAUUUACAGAGGAGAACAGGCUUAUCCAGAAUACUUGAUUACAUAUCAGAUUAUGAAACCUGAAGCCACCACUGAAGCUUAAGACAAGUUCGUGUGGGAAACCGUCAGGCUUUGGAUGCGAAGAUAUCAGUGGCUGCCAUCCCAAUAAUUACAAGUUUUUGUUGAAAAACUUCUCAUUCCCGGGUGGUGUGGUAGCAAAUGUGAACAAAAUAUACCAGUUUUGACUUGAUAAAGCUUUAAUAAUGUACAGUAUGUUUUUCUAAAAUUUCAGAAAUGUCCUCUUUUUCAGCACUUUAACAGAUACCAUUCCAGGCAUAAACUGGGGUUUGGCUGUACUAAAUUAUAAACAAAAAUUAACUUGAAACAAUGGUUUUAUACAAUACUGUAUUCAAAUCUAGCAGAAAUUGUAAUGGUCUAUACAGGAACUCAUUUUACUAAUAUUGUGUUCUUUAAAACACUGCAUUUACACUGAAAAUGUUUUCAUUUGUAAAACUGUAAAUAAGAGCUUUUGUACUAGCCUGGUAUUUAUUUACAUUGCUUUGUAAUAUAAGUGUUUUAGAACUGCAAUCUUGUACAAAAUGUUCUUUCCAGAUGUUUGUUUGUUCAUCUAUGUUUUCUCAUGCAAAGUAGAUUUGAAAAGUCUUUUUUUUUUCAGGUUUUAUCACUUAAUUGUGAGGGAGAAAGCAAAUUUUAUCUGAAGAUGCUUAGAAAUAUCCAACUUUAAAUUGAAUCCACAAAUUUUUGUUCUGUAUUUUUAUUUAUGAAAUAGACAUUCCUGAGAAUGAUGGGCUAUGAAAAUAGAAUGUUUCAUACAAAUACUAAAGUGGUUUUCCACCUACUUCCUAGAGUUGCAUAUUUUAUUUCUGUAAAAUGCCUUUUGAAGUUUUUUAUUUAACUAUAGGUAUAGUUAGCAUGUAUCCUCACUUCAAGGCUAGUAGACCUUGCAAGUUACAGUUUUAGUAAAUUAUUUUCUUUGAAUGUAGAUGGAAAAUUAACCUCAAGAAGUUCCUUUUUGAGUUUCUCUUGCUUACAUUUAAGCCAGGAAGUUAAAUAGUUUAUUCCUAAUAUGAGGGCAAACAAUUUGGCCUUUUUUGUAUGCUUAUCUUGGUAGAAUAAUCUACCUGUUGGUGCCCUCAGAAUAUGAGCAUUGCAAGGUGGAAAUGUUAAAAGCCAUCCUGUUGUCUCCCGUGUCUCUCCCAUGUUAACAUUCAAGCUUGGUUGCAGCAGGUGUGUAGGAGUGUGUCUGUCUGCUUCAAGCUGAGUGGGACUGCACGUUCUGCUCCCAGCUCAGCCAGCUGGGAGGGGAGGAGCAGCUCUGCCACAGCAGCAGCUGCCUUUGGUGGCCCUGGUGAGGCCCCUUGGACAGAGGAACAGUGCAAAAGGUACAGCCCCUCUCCAGGUCUCAUUUGGGGUUCCUGACUGCACCCCUCCACUCAGUCAGCGCUGUCAUAGCUCUCGUGUGUACUCUGCUUUUCUGCCAUCUGCAGUUUUAACCUACAUAUUUCAAAAAUAUGUAAAUACAAAUUUUAAGUUACUUGGGGUUAAAGUGGGUAGGAGUAUAUUUUAGUUGUUUAAUAUUUCUACAUGCAGAACACUGUCCCAGAGACAAUUUGUUUGCAGGGCAUGUUAUCUUACCAUGGUUUUAAAUGUAGUAACUGAUCAAGAUGAUGAAAACCUCUUGCUGAUGUGGUGGUUAUGUGAUUAUGCUCUAUGUAAAAAUGUGUUGAACCUUAUCCAGUUAUGUGAGGAAACUCGGUAAGAUUGCAGAAUUCUUGCAGAAAGUAAUAUUGGCUAUGAAUAAAAAAGGCUUUGAUUUUUAGGUACUUUUCUCCCAGCAUGUUGCCUGUUCCUUAGGUAUAGUAUUGCUGGAAUUUGUGUUCAUGCAAAAUAUGUUAAUUAUGUUUAAAACUUUUUUUGUUAUUGUUAAAAUGCUUCAUUCUAUAUGAAUGAUCACCUAAUGUCUUGUAAAAUAUUGUGGUAUGAUAGCAUUUUAAGUGGUACCACAAUGUUGGUUUUGUCUGUUUGGGGAUUUUUUGAGCUUUUUUUUUGCAUGACAUACCUUGCACUCUGAAGGUGGAAGCUGUAAUGAUUUGAUAAUACUGACUGUUGAGGUGAACCUUUAAUCCCUUGUGCAAUUAGUUCUGCUUUACUCAUCUUGAAGUGUCUUUACAUGUACUGUAUGACAUUCCAUAUCCAUUUUAACACUAAAUAAAUUUAAUUCACUGGU